AUGUCUGUCGACAACGAAAUCAAGGGCAGAUUAGCCCUGAUCACGGGUGCAUCUGGAGGAAUUGGAGCCGGUUGCGCACGAGACCUGUACAAGAACGGCUGUCACCUCGCCCUGACAUAUUCCAAAAACAAGGCCAAUGUUGACACCCUCAUCGCCGAGCUCCUAGGUGACUCGACGUCCUCCGGGCUGAAGAUCUCGUCGCACCAAGUAGAUAUGGCGUCCACAGAAGAUAUGGAAAGACUAUAUAAAGAGAUUGAAGCACAGCACGGUCACGGUCCAGAUAUUUUGGUUGCCAAUGCAGGAUACGGAAAGCGAGUGCCUCAAAUAGUGGACAUCACAUAUGAAGAAUUCGACUAUACGAUCCAGAUCAACUUGCGCGCACCUUUUAUUCUUGCCAAGCUCGCCGUCCCACACAUGGCGCAGCAGAAAUGGGGCCGCAUCAUCAUGAUGUCCAGCAUAGCUGGCUACGGUGGUGGGAUCAACGGCUGCCACUAUGCCGCCUCCAAGGCCGGGCUGACGGGGAUGAUGAGAAAUCUGGCCAUCAAACUCGCCAAGGAUGGCAUCACGGUCAACGACGUGGCACCGGCCAUGAUCGGUGAGACCGGCAUGAUCCCCAACGCGAAGUUCCUCGAGGGCACUCCUGGCGAUGUCAGGAAUAUCCCCGUCGGCCGGCUUGGGACGCCACAGGAGUGUGCGAAUGUGGUGACCAUGCUGUGCCGGACGGGCUAUUUGACCGGGCAGAGCAUCUUGUUGAGCGGGGGAUUGAAAUGA